AUGCCACAAGUCUUGGACCUUGCUGAAGGAUGCUCUGGUUUCUGCCCCAAUUGUUCAAGCUCCAAACUGGGAUCACCAUUUGAGAUUAUGUGUGAUGCGUCUGACUAUGCAGUAGGAGCAGUGCUUGGCCAAAAGAUAGACAAGAAGCUCAAUAUCAUGCUGCUCUUAGGCACAUCUUUGCUAAGAAAGAUACAAAACCAAGCUUCUCAGAUGGAUCUAUUGCUUCAGGAGUUUGUUGUAGACAAAAAGGGAGUGGAAAAUGGAGUUGCUGAUCACCUAUCUAGGAUGCGAGUUGAAGACAUAGUCCCCAUCAAUGAUUCUAUGCCUGAAGAACAGCUUAUGGCAAUCAUGAAGAAGUUCUUCAAAGAUGUUAGGCACUACUAUUGGGAUGAGCCUUACUUGUACAAGAGAGGACCAGAUAGCAUUUACAGAAGAUGCAUAGCUGAAGAAGAUGUACAAGGAGUUCUAGAGCAUUGCCAUGGGUCUGCUUAUGGAGGUCACUUUGCCACAUUCAAAACCGCGACUAAGGUCUUACAAGCUGGACUAUGGUGGCCUACUUUGUUCAAGGAUGCAGCAAGCUUCAUCGCUAAGUGUGAUCCAUGCCAAAGAAAAGGAGGGAUCACCAAGAGAGACGAGAUGCCACUAAACCCAAUUCUUGAAGUUGAGAUCUUUGAUGUAUGGGGAAUAGACUUCAUGGGACCUUUCAAGCCUGCUUCAAAUGGGAACAAUUACAUUUUGGUGCUGUGGACUAUGUGUCCAAAUGGAUAG